AUGCUUAAGUGGCCUUCAAAGGACAUUAAGAGUUUGAACAAAGCGCAGCAUAAGAUGACUGUUGAUGCUUUAAAGAAAAAAAGUUCUGAUUGCAGAACACUUACACUAUCCGGUCCUGUGGGCUUUGUUAGUCUCCCUGACCAGAUCGUUGAAAAGUCUAUUAGCGAGGGUUUUGUUUUCAAUAUUUUAUGUGUUGGUGAAACCGGUUUGGGAAAGUCAACUCUGAUUGAAACUCUUUUUAAUCAAAAGUUUGAUUUUACGCCAUCUUCCCACGAUUCUCCUGAUGUCAAAUUGAGGUCAAAAACAUUUGAUUUAAAGGAAGCUACCGUUAAACUCAAAUUAACUGUUACCGAGACUUGUGGUUUUGGUGACCAAAUCAAUAAGGAGAAUAGCGCUGACAGUGUGGUUGAUUUUAUUGACCAACAAUAUGAGAGUUAUCUUCAAGAGGAGCUCAAGAUCAAAAGAUCUAUGCACACAUAUCACGAUACGAGAGUUCAUGUUUGUCUUUAUUUCAUCGCACCCACUGGGCAUAGUCUUAAAUCUGUUGAUCUUGUCUCAAUGAAGAAGUUACAAGACAAAGUUAACAUCAUUCCAAUAAUUGCAAAAUCGGACACAAUUACUAAAGCUGAGUUGGUUAAGUUUAAAACCAAGGUGAUGUCAGAGAUCAAGGCCAACGAUAUUCGCCUAUAUCAAUUCCCAACUGAUGAUGAUAUCGUCAGUGAAAUCAAUGAGAAUACUAAUAAAAUGCUGCCAUUCGCAGUUGUGGGCAGUACCGAGGAGACCAAAGUGAACGGACGCACACUUCGCGUUCGUCAAUACCCCUGGGGUUGUGUUCAAGUGGAGAACGAGGCUCACUGCGAUUUCGUUCGUCUUCGAGAGAUGCUUCUGCGUGUCAAUAUGGAAGAUCUCCGGGAGAGAACACACACCCUCCACUAUGAGACUUAUCGCAAGCGUCGUCUUACGGAAAUGGGCUUCAAAGACGAUGAAAAGAUUUCUCUUCAGGAGACGUACGAAAAACGUCGCGAGACUCAACAGAAGGAAUUGAAACAGAAAGAGGAGGAAAUGCGCCAGAUGUUUGUCCAACGUGUCAAGGAGAAGGAGCAAGUCUUGAAAGAGACUGAACGCGAGCUUCAGGCCAAGUUCGAAGCAAUCAAGAAGCAGCACGCAGAAGAGCGCAAGAAACUUGACGAGAAGCGUCGUAUUCUACAAGAAGAAAUGGCCGCGUUUGAGAGACGCAAACAACUGGCUGAACAGGCCAAAUCAGGUGGAGCUGCGUCCGCUACCAUGAAAAAGAAGAAGUAG